UAUACUCGGUUGGCUUCAACCUGUAGACCUGUGUGAAAGGAGGAUAGAGUGGAGCGAUGCAUUGAGGGAGGGGUAGCCAUCGUUGUAACCACAAUUCAGAACAGUGAACUAUCUUUAGAAUAACAGGACUAGAAGGACGUCCCUCAGUCACGUUCAUUUGCCUGCAUGUUAAAUGUUGGGAUAUCUGCCUGUGGCACUGAGGAAGAAGCGCAUGUUUAAUGGCAUUUGGGAAGUCUUCGCGGUGUUCUCCGGGUAGAAGAGACAUUACGGCGCGAGUUAGCUAACGUUAGCUCGCUAACAAGCGGGCUGGCAUGGAUAUUUGACAGACUGCCAGAGAUCUCUUCAUGGAUCAUAGAGGACACAAAGAGAAACCGCUGCAUUUGUGAGCAUCACCAGUCACUAGAGAAUCUGACCCACAGGCCUAUCAUCAGGCUGACCUAAGUGCAUGUGGCCUUUUCAGUUGUUCAUAGACAUCUGUUGAGCAGCCCAAAGGCCUAUUGCUAUGCACUAUAAACCGAGAGACAUGAGCUGUGGGGAUGCAAGGAGGAGCAAGCUUUUUUUGCAGAGGACUCUCCCUGUGGUUAUCGGACUUCUGGUGACCCUGGUCCAGGGCACUGUGCCAGAACAGCAUGAAACACUGGUGGACAUGAUAUCUGUGGAACUAGAGGCCUCCAUGCAGUCCUCUGUGCUCUCUGAGCUCCAGGCUGCAACUUCUUCAGUAGGUGAAGGGCCGCCCACAGCUGUCCCAGAUUUUUCUGCAAAGAAUGAGGGAAUGCACACAAGCAUUCCUGACUCCUCAGCAAUUGUAGGCCAGGUGUUCCAGUUGAAGGUUCCACCAGGACCUGCCCAUGAAAGCUGCAAUGUCCAUCUCACUGAAAUGGGAAAAAAGACUUUACCCUCCUGGCUAUACUGGGACAAAGAAAGCUGCACUCUAAGAGGUUUGGCUCUGGAGCAAGAUAAAGGCGUAUAUCACAUAUUGGUGUCAGGGGAGGAGAUAACUGAGAAGACAAGCAGCCAAUGGUAUCCCAAUACAGUCUUCUCUGUUGAAGUAUACCCAGAAGAACGGGCAGACACUGAGCCAGCCCUGCUCACGCUACAGUCUGAUGUAAGUGGCCUACAGGCUUUCACCUGUGGCUCUGAGGAGCCUGUCACUGUCUUAACUGUCAUAUUGGAUGCUGAUUUGACAAAGAUGGUUGCUAAACAGAGGGUCAACUUAUUGGGCAUUAUGAGAAAAUUCUCACAUGUACCCUUGGAGCACAUGAGGGUGGUCCCUGUUGUCAACAACCGUUUAUUUGACAUGUCUGCUUUCAUGGCUGGACCAGGAAAUGCCAAGAAAGUGGUUGAGAAUGGGGCUUUACUGUCAUGGAAAGUUGGAUGUGCCCUUGAUCAGGGCAGCAUCCCUGACAUUAGCAGUGUCCAGUCCUCAGCAAAGGAUGGGACAAUGUCAGCCAGGCUGGGUUAUCCAGUAGUUGGCUGGCACAUUGUCAACAAAAAGCCUCAUGGAGUGAAACGGGUCAGGCGACAAUUGUACAACACUCCUACUCCUGUGCCAUCCAUUCUUCCUCCAACUAUUCACCAAGAGCCAUAUUCACGUGUUGUUCCUACCCCCACUUCACCUUCUAUUGCUCCAGCAACAGACAACUCUGCUCCCCCUGUCCGAGGGCCUUUGCCUCUUCCAGUUAAGCCUACUAUGAGGGUCAGAGAUCAGAUAGCUCACACACCUGUUUUUGGACCUCCCCAACCCACAAGAGUACUAGGAACUACAAGCACCAUCCCUAUUCAACCCACUAUGACUCGGCCUACAUUUGUGGAGGCUACGGCUGUGCCAACUCCACCAGGCACCAACAAAAGACCGAAACCGUCUUCCACAAGGAAACCCAAGAAACUCAAAACCACCACCCCAGCUCCCAGAGAACCAAAGUCUACCACUCCUAAACAACCAAGGCGUACAACUCCCCUCUCUCUGGCUCCAGACUUAAAUCGGAGCCCAGAGAUCCGAAAUCCCAUUGAUCAGGUAACUGCAUGGGUUGGCACAUACUUUGAGGUUAAAAUUGCUUCUGAUGCAUUCUAUGACUAUGAAGAUGGUACCACUGACAAGCUUCGCUUGACUUUGAAGAGAACCCCCAAAGAAGCGGUGAGUGAAACAUCAUGGAUACAGUUCAACAGCACUAUCCAGCUUUUGUAUGGCCUUCCAGAAGAGGAGCAUGAGGGGAAUCAUGAGUACUUCAUGUUGGUCACUGAUAAGGCUGGAAAGAGCAUAAUGGAUGCAUUUGUAGUUCGAGUCAACCGUUGGUCUAACAUGGAUAAACCAUCGGUAGUGUUUGCUGCCCGUUUUCAUGGUGACCCUAAUACUCUGAGCAAUGAUGUCCAUAAAAAGAUUCUUCUAAUUAAAAAGUUGGCAUAUGCCCUCGGUGAUCGAAACAGCAGCACCGUGACCCUGAGGAGCAUCACUAGUGGCUCCAUUGUUGUUGAAUGGACCAAUAACAGUCUCCAGCAGAGCCCUUGUCCAAAGGAUCAGAUCACAGUUCUCAGUAACAGGAUCUCAGAUCCCCAAGGAAAACCUAAGCAGGCCUUUAUUAAAGCCAUGGAGCCUGAAUUCAAACCCAUUAAUAUUUCUGUUCGUGGCACCAAUAAAUGCCAAAGCUACACAUUUAUUCCACCAGGAGAAGUGUUUAUACCCAUCCUCCCUACAGCUACACCUUCACCUGGGACAGACCGAGUAAGUAGUGAUGAUGUUUAUCUGCACACUGUCAUUCCUGCUGUAGUUGUAGCUGGCUUGUUGCUCAUAGUUGGAAUCAUUGCCAUGGUCUGUUAUCGAAAGAAGCGCAAAGGGAAGAUGACUAUAGAGGAACAGGCCACUUUUAUCAAGAAAGGAGUUCCCAUAAUAUUUGCAGAUGAGCUGGAUGAUUCCAAAUCACCUCCAUCCUCCAGCAUCCCUCUUAUUCUACAGGAAGAAAAGCCCCCACUUCCUCCCCCUGAGUAUCCCAACAUGGCUGGCCCCCACAGUACCCUACUCAAUCAGGAUCUCCUGGAGGAAUAUUCAGUUUAUCAAGAUGAUGAUCCAAAUGCACCACCUUACCAGCCCCCACCACCAUUCACAGUCCCCAUUGAGGGAAAAGGCUCACGUCCUAAGAACAUGACGGCAUACAGGUCGCCACCUCCCUAUGUGCCUCCCUAACGCACACUGAGGCUUUCAGUUUGGAAAGCAGGUGCACUGUAGGGAUGCUUCUCGGAAUUGUCUGCAGGAGUAAUUUUACAUGUGUUCAUUGAGAUGGCUUUGACUUUGUAGAGGAGCAGGUAACCAUAUAUCUUUGACCAUCUUGGAUAAGACACUGUAACGUACAAUUCAACAACUCUCACAGGACAAAUGGAUGGAAAACAGUUUGUAAUUCCAGCACUUUUUUUUCUGUCCUUCAGACCUGCUUUUGACUUCUUGCAUUGCUUAUUUGUCUGUUUCUUUUUCCUUUUUUUCUGUCAAGAGGA